AUGGAUACCGACAAAGCAGCAGAAACAACGCGUCUUCACGAGGAAAACGAAGAUCCAGCUGUCAAAGACGUCAUCCGCGUCGCCUCAUAUCAUCGACUCGACUACGAUCUAGCAGUCAUCAGAACUUUCCCUAGACCCCACCACCUCAUACGUGACUUGCUGACCCCCAAAACCCUUAUCAUCGACCUGAAUUCAAGACUGGGUGUCCUGGAUGUCUUCCCACUAGAAUUCAUCCACGAAAUAUGUCUCAUGCUUGAUGUCCAAUCCUUGUUCCGCUUCCACCGAGUCAACCGUCGUGCUCGACAAAUAGCUAGCGCCAGUGGAUACUACAAAGCAGUAGUCAAACAUGCCAUCGGGGCUCUGUUCGUUAUCCUAAGAACAGGCAUGGCAUCUUGGUACAAAUUAUCGGACCUAUAUGACGUCCUCUGCACAAAGAACUGUGCAAUCUGCAACGACUUUGGCGGCUUUAUCUUCCUUCCAUCGUUCAUGAGAUGUUGUUUCUUCUGCAUUGAGGACGACGAACUUCCUCCCGUUCUGCCUGCUUCUCAAGUCAGACCAUACCUGAACCGGCGUUCAGCCCCUCCUCUCUCCAGUCGGAUCCCUAUGAUAAAGACGCUGCCUGGAAUAUACUCGUUGGAUGAAUCAAAGCGAACCAGAAGAUUCGAACUUGUACUGGAACAAUCAGCCAUCUCGCUCUUCUCGUCUGACCGGGUUCCAACUUUCCCGAAGAAGUACUCUAGGGACACAGAGCUACAGCGUUACAUGGUCAGUACGGCCCUACCUUACCUCGACAAUAAGAACGAUGUCAUCGAGAAGGGUGUCUCCUGCAGUGGCUGCCAGAUUUCUCUGGAGAAGGCCUUGCAAUCGUCAGGGGCCGAAUAUGAUGUCUGGGAUGACCGAGAUAAAAUUUAUUCGCAUGAUCAAUUCAUGGAACAUUUUGAGACUUGUCCAGAGGCUCGCAAGCUUUGGGAACUAAGCGAAGGGGGCACAAUCGAGCCUGAUAUCCCGGCGUUUGUUAAGAAUGGAGGCUGCGCUAAGAAGAGGGAGCUAAAAAAUGUCUUUUAUCAUUGA